AUGGUGUUAAUUCAUAUAAAACAUAACGAUGAGAGCCAAUUUCUGUGCGAGUCAACUUUAAGUACGUCCGUAGACGAUUUGGUGAAUAAUGUUGUUACCAUCUACAAUGGGAGAUUGAAGAUCGAUAGGAUUUGCUGCGAAAUGUCAGAGUUAGCUAAUUAUGGUACAAUGUAUCCACCUGAGAUUAUGGGUCUCACGGAAGAGCAAGUAGAAGAAUUAAAAUUGGUCGAUACUUGGGGCAACAAAUGCAUUCCCAGCGGCGGUUUCGGCGAAAACAAAGAUCCUAUUGGUCGAAGGAAUGGUAAACAACCGCGCAAAGAAAUGCAAGAUAUAUUAAAUAACACGGCAAAAGAAGCCAAAGAUUUGAUUACCAAAAAUCUAGUAGCGCAAAAUCAAUGUUUAACAAUGAAGAUCAUUCAGGAAGCUUUGAAUCUUCUGAAAGGCGCCGUCACCAUUGUAUAUCCGAUGAAGUUACCACCGCACGAUGUAAUCAGGAUGGAAUUUGAAAAUAUUGAAGAUUUGUCGGGGACGCAAGCCGCCAAAGACGUGAUCGAUGCUACAGCAGCCAAAAUUUGGUUCUGCGGCAAAGAGAUGUACAGGGAUGGUAAAACCGUUGGGGAUUACAUUGGAAAGAUUGAGAAUUGCAAGGUGAUUAUGAAAAUAUCGAAACCCGGUCAAGGUGCGCCAGGAAGGGAACCUGUUAUGAAUGAGGAACAAAGGAAGCAGAUAAUGUUACACGCCUACCGGAAACAGGAAGAAAUGAAGAAAUUAAUGGCCGACGACGAUGACAGCUAUUUGAAUUCGAAGUGGGCCGACAGCGGAAAUUUGAAGAGGUCCUUCCACGGAAUGGAUAAGAUUUCUUGGAGACCCGGAAAAUAA